CGUGACGUCAAAUUGUUGCACCCAAUAUUCCAUGUGUCAAGCGCGGCCAUCUUUCCUUUUUCUAGAUUCGGAAUCAGGGCUACGGCCAACAUUUUGUAAAUUACUCAAGCUCUUCUAGUCUUUAAGAUAUCACCAUGGCAACAGAAAGUGAAGUUCAGGCAGAAACCAAUGGCAACUCUGUGGAACAUUCAGAAGAUUAUGACAAACUCAUAGAGUAUGGUAUCAAUGAAAAAGUGGCUGAAAAAUUGGAAGAAAUCUACACAACAGGUAUCUUAAAACACAGUGAUCUUGAUGAUCGAGCCCUUGAGGCACUCAAAGAAUUCCCUCCUGAGCAUGGCGUAGAUGUCUUAAAACAGUUCUGCGAAUGCAACCUGGAGCAUGUCACUAACAAAAGUGCCUAUCUAUGUGGAUACAUGAAAACCUACAGAAUGCGUAUGAAGCAACCAGGGUCUGGAGAUGCAAAACCUAAAGGCCCAGAUGAGGCUAAAAUUAAAGAAAUUCUGGACCGCACAGGGUACUCACUAGAUGUCACCACUGGACAAAGAAAGUAUGGGGGUCCCCCACCAGGUGCUGAAGAUGAAGAACAACCUGGCAAAGGCCAUAACCACGAGGUGUUUUGUGGAAAGAUCCCCAGAGAUAUCUUUGAGGAUGAACUAAUUCCUCAGUUUGAAAAAGCUGGUAAAAUAUGGGACUUAAGACUUAUGAUGGACCCAAUGACGGGCAAUAACCGUGGCUAUGCUUUUAUAACUUAUUGUGACCAGGAAAGUGCUAAAAAAGCUGUGGAAGAGCUCAAUGACUUUGAGAUUAAACCUGGUAAAAAACUGCAAGUGAACCUAUCAAUUGCCAAUGUUCGCUUGUUUGUGGGAAACAUUCCCAAAUGUAAGAGCGAGGAAGAGAUCAGAGAGGAAUUCACACCUCACGCAAGUGGUCUAGAAAAAGUCAUCAUAUACAGUAUACCUGACGAUCCAAAGAAAAAGAACCGUGGCUUUGCGUUCUUGGAGUAUGAGUCUCAUAAAGCUGCCUCAGUCGCCAAGAGGAAGCUAAGUUCAGGACGAACAAAAGUGUGGAACUGUGACAUCAUUGUAGAUUGGGCAGAUCCCUUGGAAGACCCUGAUGAAGCUACUAUGUCAAAGGUAAAGGUGCUCUAUGUCAAAAAUCUGAAGAAUGACAUUACAGAUGAACAGCUUAAAGAAAAGUUUUCCACUUAUGGCGAGAUAGAGAGAGUGAAGAAAAUUAAAGAUUAUGGCUUUGUACAUUUUGUCGAGAGAGAACAUGCAGUUAAAGCUUUAGAAGAGCUGAAUAAUACAAUGUUAGGUGAGUCAAUGAUGGAGGUUUCUCUUGCCAAACCACCCGGUGAUAACAAAAAGAAAGAAAUGAGGAAGAGAGAGCAGCAACAACGACAGAUGAUGUACAUGAUGGGGGGAAAAGGCGGGUUCAAUGACUACAAUUUCCCACCAAGAGGAGGCAAAUUCCCACCCAGAGGAAGAGGGCGUGGCAAUUAUUUUAACAAUUAUGGGCCGGGGCCAGCAUUCCAAGGGUUCGGAGGUUACCCAGGAGGCUAUGGACCAGAACCUUACUAUGACGAUAGCUUUGGAGGCUACGAAGAUGACUUCUACGGAGGAUAUGGAAUGCCAAGACGAGGACGUGGAGGUCCAGGUGGAAUGAUGCGACCACCAAGAGGAGGUCCCAUGAGAGGAAGGGGUGGACGUGGCAGAGGAGGCCGUGGCAUGCCCCCAGGACCACGUGGUGGACCCAGAGGAGGUGCUAGAGGUGGUCCAGCAGGACCUUCUACCAGGGGUGAACUGACCAAUGGUAAUGGGCCAAACGGCAUAUCUGAUCUUGAAUAAAGAUGGCGGCCAUGUCUUGCUGACAGCGCCACCUUUACCCUGCUGGGGACAGCUGGACUGUUUAAUACGGUGCUAAUCGGCAGUCUUAUUCAUACAUACCAGACUUUUUAUCAUGCCUCGAGCCGCUCUUUUGGCGGCCCCGGCAACUGUUGCUUAUUUUUUUGAGGAAGGCUAUUUAUCUUACGAGAACUUUUGUAAGCAUUUUUUUACAGAGGAGAGUGAUCUCAAGGAGAGGCGGUACCAUGUUUGGGGUUGUCCUCGCUAGUGUUUAUCUCUCUAGUGUUUUUUCACAACCUCCACACAGGCAUGUCAAUAUACACUCCAUGGUGUCAGUUAAAACUACAUGGUGUCGGUUUAAACUCCAUGGUGUCAACAUGAACUCCAUUGUGUCAGUAUAAACUCCAUGGUGUCACUCUCGUCUGGUUAUUUGUUAUUGACUUCAUUUCGCAGUGACACGGUCUUGGCCUGCCAAUUUUGUGCAACAGUGUUGUCCUAGUUAUUAACUUAAGUGCAAUAGUCGUGAGCAAGACAAUGUGCAAUUGUGUCAUAUGAGAAGAUUAAAACAAUGCCAUGUAUUAAAGUCUAAUUAUUUAAUUGCAAUACGAAUUACUUGACGGCUUCACUGAAAAUAUGCAUCAAUUAGAACUAUUCAGAAACAAUAUCCCGCACUUCUUCCAUUAGAAACGCCAAAAGUUAAUUUACCCCACAUCACUUGUGUCUUUAGAGUAAAUUAAGUCGGAGCUACAUAAUCAUUCAAUUACACAUCCAUAGCUAUUUCAGGAUCUCUCAACUUGAAAACAGUGCCAUAUGAAUCUCAUUAUCCGCGACAUAGGCAACAUUAAAGCAAAUUGGUUUUCAUUACCGUGUCACUGUGAACUGAAGUUGUUGUUUUUUUGUUAAGAUAGAGGCGCCUGUAAAACUGUGUCUUUAGUUAGAGGAUAAAUAAACACUGAAAUCUAACCUUUGAAAAAACAAGUUUCGACCUAAUUGCCGAACUGAUACACGCAUCAGUUUUGUAAUAAUUACCUAUUAGAUAUCUGUUACUUUCGUAAUGAAAGUCGAGAUUGACGUAGGUUCUAUUGCUAAAACAUAACGAACUCUGACCGCGGGGCACAGAUUUACGAGGCAAGAGAAAAGAUGGAACGCGUGAGCUUGAGUACAGUGAUAAAUGCCUUGCGAUAAAAAUUAUUAAUAAAAUAGAUAGCUUCGAAAUUAUAUUCAAAAUUAAUGCCCGUAUAUAGAAUGCAAUGAAAAUGAAAAAAUUCAAAAAAAAGUGGAAUUGUAUUAUUCAUUCAAA